AUGGAUAACGAGAUCCCCUUGACACAAGUACGGAGCAAUGCCAGCUCGACUGGCGCUAGAAAGCCCAACCAAGGCACUGCAACCGGCUUCAGUACACACAGCCAGAAUUCACCCGACGAGAAUGAGAAGCAUAGUUUCUUUCACCGUGGUCGAAGGAGAGCUAAUAAGGACGAACCUGCUAAGGACAAUGACCACCUAACUUCCGAAGAGACCUCCCUCAAUGCCAUGGGAAGGCUCUAUAAUAGGAUUAUUCACGCGUCUGUCGUCACGCGAUAUCUCGUUUACAUUGUUCCCGUGGCUCUCCUUCUGGCUGUUCCCUUGAUUGUCCUCCCGGCAACGGGGAAUAAGGAUAAUAUUUUGGUCGGUCAUGGCUCACGAACUAACGGCGAUGAACUCCCCGCGGUAUACAACCCUGGUCCACCCUUAUUCUACCUUUUCCUCUGGAUAGAACUGGCAUGGUUGAGUUUAUGGGUUGGCAAGAUCGUCGCUCACCUAUUACCUCCAGUCUUCAUGUUCUUCACUGGUGUUGUCAGUGCUGGAACUCGCAAGUAUGCGAUUGUCAUUCGUGCUCUCGAAAUUCCGCUCUCGCUUUUCUUCUGGGGGCUGGCUACUUUCUUGAUUUUCACAGGCCUAAUAAAAUCCAAAUACGAUGACGUUGACUGGGUUAUUACCAUUCGGAGAAUUUUGGGCGCUCUCUUUGCUUCUUCGGCCGUGUUCCUGGGUGAGAAGACUAUCAUUCAACUCAUUAGCGUUACGUACCACCAGCGAUCCUUCGCGAACCGAAUCAAAGACUCGAAACGAGAAGUUUAUCUUCUAGGAUUGAUGUACGAUGCUUCUCGGCAGCUGUUCCCUAUGUAUUGCCGCGAGUUUAUCGAGGAGGAUGAGCUUAUCAACGAUAGCAUCGAGAUAAUGCUGGCUGGUGGCAAGAAAGGGAGAAAAAAUAAAAAGAGCGGAGUGGCCACACCUAUGAGAUUGAUUGGAAAUGUCGGACGCAUCGGCGACAAGGUUACAUCCGUCUUUGGAAAUUUGGCCUCCGAGAUCACUGGAAAGGAGGUUUUCAACCCGAACUCAGCUCACUCGAUCGUCGUUGAAGCUCUUGAAAAGGCUCGAACUUCGGAGGCUCUCGCAAAGCGUAUUUGGAUGUCGUUCGUCGUCGAGGGUAACGAGGCUUUAUAUGUGGAUGACAUUAUUGAAGUUCUCGGACCCGCCCACCGUGACGAAGCCGAGGAAUGUUUCGCGGCAGUCGAUGCGGACUCGAACGGUGACAUCAGCCUUGAUGAGAUGAUUCGAAAGGUGGUCGAAGUUGGAAAAGAGAGGAAGGCAAUAGGAAAUAGCAUGAAGGAUAUUAGUCAAGCUUUGGCUGUGUUUGACCAGGUUCUCCUUUUCAUCGUUCUUCUGAUCGUUAUUUUUAUCUUCCUUGCUUUCUUCCAGAGCUCAUUCAUCACCACUCUCGCAACCGCUGGUACAGCCUUACUUUCACUAUCCUUCGUUUUCGCCGUCACAACUCAAGAGUUUUUGGGUUCUUGCAUCUUUCUGUUUGUCAAGCAUCCAUACGAUGUUGGCGACAGGGUCGAUAUUGUGGGUUCGGAGAAAGAGCAGCUGGUUGUUGAGAAGAUUUCCCUGCUUUACACCGUCUUCAAUCGUAUCGACAAGAUGCAAGUUGUUCAGGUGCCGAACAUUGUUUUGAACAACCUUUGGAUUGAGAAUGUUACCCGAAGUAAAGCCAUGAAAGAGGUUAUCGAUGUCAACGUUUCGUAUGAUACCUCCUUUGAGGACAUUGAACUCCUAAGACUCGAAAUGGAGCAGUUCGUACGGGCCUCAGAAAACGCGCGAGACUUCCAACCGGAUAUCGUUAUUGGUGUUGCGGGUGUCGGUGAUUUGGACAAGCUUCAGCUGAAAAUUGCUAUCAAGCACAAGUCCAAUUGGCACAACGAGGCUAUUCGUGCUACUAGGCGAUCCAAGUUCAUGUGUGCGCUUACUCUUGCAUUGAAGAAGGUUCCCAUCUAUGCACCUGGCGGUGGUGGUGAGGCACUAGGCGGGCCCACGAACCCAUCCUAUUCUGUUGCAGUCAGUGACUCGGACGCCGCUGCCGCUCGUGACAAGGCCGGCCAGGAAAAAGAAGCUAAGCGAAUGGUCCGGCCAACCCCGGAGAGGAACCCUUCAACAUCCAAUAAAUCUGGCGAUCGGGAGGCGAAGGCUGCUCAGGGUCUCAAUACCUUAGAUCCUGCAAAGGCAGCUGCCGAAGACUGGGGUUACAACCGGGACGAUGACUCACCUGAUGAUUCGCGCGAUGCGUCUAUUGAACGAAAGCGCUCAAAUGAUAUUGAGUCGAUGCGGUUGGAUCUUCAUAAGCGGGAGAGCCAACGUAGUGGUGGCCGCCGCAGAGCAGGUGAAACCUUGCCGCCUCAAUCCAUAAGCGAGAAUACUCCAGGCUUCCAAGUAACUCAACACAUGGGACCGUUUGAUGAAGAAGCGCAAUUAGGUGGUCCCAACCCUUAUAACACCACUUCCCACGCAGGGAAUUCAUUGCACCCACAAGCAUCUACCCGAACCAAUCAAUCCGGUAGACACGCUUCAAGCGGAUCCGCAGCUCUCGGCCGAACGAGGUCACCGAGCAACCCCUAUCAGCAACAGCGAUAG